GCCCCUAUCACAUGGCUUCAUUAAAUAUCUACAAUUAUAACAUUUCGAAUUUAUUUUAUUUUUUUAUUUUAAAUUAAACAUUUAACAAUAGUAUCCAUACAACAACAACAACAAAAAUCUGGAAUAAGAUGUCUGUGGUUUGAGCUGGGUAUCAUGACGUCAUCGGCAUGGCUGCCCCCACCCGACAGAGAGUGAGCAGCUGAUCGUAUCGCACAAAGCACGAGUCACAGGAAAACAUCAGGAAGAUUACGCUUCUCACCCAGAAUCAAGCGUGAAAUCCCGGCUAAAGGGGUCUAAUCUGACGUGUGCGAAAAGCAAGAGGUGGACGAUGUUUGAGUGUGUGCCAGAAAAGUUUUGACAGAUUUAGCUCCUCCCCUCCCAUCUCUAAAGACCCCAACUCUAUUAAAAGUUUUAAGUCGCACACUCAUUCCACAAUCACGCAGAUGGAUCCCGUAUUAGUCGAAUCUGCAGUGGUGUUCGGAAUAGUGAUUUCCGUCCAUGUGGCAGUUUGGAAUCCGUUGUCCUGGUGCUGUAUUGCUCUGGCCAUCCAGGCCUUCUACGUGCAGCACAAAUGGGACCGCCUCCUUCGGACCGGGGCCGCCGUAUUCCAGUUCCGUCCCUCGGCAAACAGCGGUGUCUUACCGGCCAGCAUGGUGCUGCCACUACUGGGUCUCGCCUUGAGGGGGCGUUGCAUCGCUGUUGGGAACGUCUACUUUGAACGCUUCGCCAUGGUGAUAACGGUAAUCGGUAUGAUGUUGGCUAUGUUCCUAUCACUUAUAGUGCUGGGCAUCACACGCCCGGUGCCCACGAACACCUGCGUCAUAGCCGGCAUCGUGGGCAGCGCCAUCCUGUACACGGUGAAGCAAACCCUGACGGUGUCGGAGGUGAUUGAAGUCUUGGAGGUGUUGUUGAUAUUCGUGUACCUCAGUUUGAUCCUGUUGUACCUGCUUCCACGCUGCUUCACGCCUGGCGAAGCGCUCCUCAUCCUUGGCGGGAUUAGUUUAAUUUUUAACCAGCUUAUCAAGCGAUCUUUAGCAUCGGCUGGGAAUGCAAAUGGCGACCCGCUUCCGUUCUUCCUCCCGGUUGCAGUGUUGGGCUUUGUGCUGUUGGGAAUCUUCUUCGCUGUGCUUUUCAUAUUCAUGGAAUCGGAAACAUGGGCAGCUUCUCUGUUCUUCCACACCAUGACGGCCGUUUUAGGGUUGGGUUUAUUGGUGCCCUGGUUGUCCCUGCUCACCCAUCAUCACCCCGUUACCUGGUUGCUACAUUUCCUCACCCAGAGCAACACCCGACUCUGGCUUAUGGCAUUCUGGGCUGCCCUGGUGCUGUUGGCAGUUGCUGUUGUGAUGCAUCAAAACAGCCAUCGCUCAAGCGGAAGUAAGAAACACCAGGCGUCAACGAUAGUGCGGAAAUAUUUCCACCUCCUCACCGUGUUGACCUUCGCCCCUGGACUGGCUCUCGACCGUCCCCUGCUUCAUCUAGCUGCGGUCGGAUGCCUCUCAGCAUUCCUGUUCUUGGAAUUCGUUCGCUAUUUCCGAAUCAGACCUCUCGGCCCUUUGCUUCGACGACUUCUCACCUUAUUCCUGGACGAGAGAGACUCCGGACCCCUUAUCCUCACUCACAUCUACCUCCUGCUGGGCGUCGCCCUUCCUGUCUGGCUCUCACCCGGGCCCUGCAUCCCUAAAGGAGGGUUAGGGGGCGCCGGGGGGCUUGUUCCCUACGCAGGGGUGCUUGCCGUUGGGGUCGGCGACACUGUUGCAUCUGUCUUUGGAAGCACGGUUGGCGAGAUCCGCUGGCCUGGAACCAAGAAGACGUUCGAGGGCACAGCGAGCUCCGUGUUUGCUCAGAUCAUCGCCGUGGUGAUUUUCCUCAUCGCUGACAGCAGUAUAAACCUGAAUGCCAGUUAUUCAUGGGUGGUGGGAUCCAUCACGAUGGUUGCAAUGCUGGAAGCAUACACAUCACAGAUAGACAACCUACUGCUUCCUCUGUACCUCUAUAUACUCCUGCUGUUAUGAGAUCAGACAACACUUGCUCGUUUAUUUAAACACACUUAUUAUGCCAAUGCACAGGUAUUCAACUUAUUAAAGGGAUGUUUCGGGUUCAAAACAAGCUAAGUUCAAUCAACAGCAUCCAUCAUUUUAAUUAUCCCCAAAAAAUACCCCCUAGUUGAAAAGGAUUAAAGGGUUUUGUUGCGAUGACAACAAAACUGAAAUAUGACAAUGGAGUUGUAAUAAACUAUAACUUUACACAGAAAAGGUUAGUUAGUUUUAUCCCACUAAAAUCGUGUUCACACGUUUAGUGUUUACAUAUUGUGUUUAUACUUUUGUGAGUAUUUUAACGUUUACGGAUUGGCCCCAUUGUAAGUGCCUCACUGCAACCAAUAUUAUAUAUGUGUGUAUAUAUAUUUAAGGUUCAUUAUAAGAAGGAAUAUUUCAGGUUUAAUACAAGUUAAGCUCAAUCGACAGCAUUUGUGGCAUAAUGUUGAUUACCACAAAAAUAUAUUUCGUUACCCUUCCCUUUUGCAAACAUCUGGGUUACAGUGAGGCGCUUACAAUGGGGCCAAUCCAUAAACGUUAAAAUACUAUUUCAGAAGUAUAAGCACAAGAUGUAAACGAUACGUUAACAUGGUAUAUUGUGAUUACUUGCUAACCUUUUCUGUGUAAAGUUAUAGCCGAUUUUACAACUUCGUUGCCAUGAUGAUGUAACGUCAACACACCCUAAUACGCCUGUAAAAGUUAUGAUUUAACCAACUUUACGGCUCAAAUAAUACAUGAGUUUUAAAUGAAGAAUUGUGCUUUUAUAAAAUUAUUAACUUCACAUUUCUGCUUUUAAACCAUCAAAAAAUUGUCCCCCAUUCACUUCCAUUGUAAGAGCCUCACUGUAAACUUGAUUUUUGAAAAGAUAAGGAGAGACGAGUGGAAAUGUAUUUUUGUGGUAAUCAAUAUUAUGCCACAAAUAUGUCGACUGAGCUUAACUUAUAUUGAACCCAGAAUAUUCCUUUAAGUUGUUUUAAACACAAAACAUUCAGGAUAGUUUACCCAAAAAUGAAUAUUCUGUCUUUCACCCGCAUUUCAAACCCAAAUGAAUUUUUUCCGUGGACCACAAAAGGAGACGUUAGUCAGAAUGUCCACGCUGCUCGUCUCCAUACAAUGCAAGCGGAUGGUGAUUUAUACUGGCAGACUCGAUAGAGCUUAGAUAGAAAGCAAUAUGGGUAUGACACUGAGUGAGUAAAUCUAAAUCAUGACAUCAUUUGUAUUUGACUACAUUCUUUUAAUAUAUUACAUAACAAUAUCCCAUGCUUGCCCAAAAUAUAUGGAUAACAGCCUUGUUCAAAAUAUACCUUGUUUUGUCUUACAGGGAAUUAAAAGAUAAGGAAUGCAAAAUGCAAUAAUACAAUGUCAUUAGAGUGUUUGAAUGCGUUAAAAGUUAAAAGAAUGCAAAAAAUAUGUACAUGAUAAAUGGCACAAAUGUUGGAAAUGCUGAAGGAUUAAUCAUCUCUUUCUGUAUUUUUAAAGGUUUACAUUUUUUAUGCUGGUUGUCCAUAAAAUGAACAUGUUUCCGAGCGUUUAAGCUCGGAUAUCUUGAGACACUGUUAAUAUUUCAUUCUCUCAAAUCCUGCGGCUGUCACUCCAGGAUGCAUGACAGGGGUUGAGUUGCACAUAGAAAUGGAUCAUGUAAUCUGUGUGGCCCAUUGAGACAUAGCAUUUUGGUUUUAGGGGUUAAAUAGGAACCUGAUAUUUUCAUGACAGGUUUCAUGAGAUUCACAUCAAAAUAUGUCAUUUAUCUUUUCUGUGCUUUAUUAAAGCAGGUAUGCAUCAAUUGAGCCAUUGAAGAACAUGAUCUUUGUUUUUUUGCUCUAUGGAGCCGUGGGCGAAAAAUACUCGAAUAUUAUUUUUGAUGCUAUGAAUAAUAGGAUAUCUGCCUUUACAAUGCAACACUAUGGAAGCCUUAAACUGCCCGUCCUAUGUACAUUUUUUAUUUCGUCUCUUAAUUUUUUUUUUUUUAACCCUAUCUGAUUUAGUUUUCUAUCUCUCAAAAAAAAAAAGAAAAACAUUUUAGAUGGGUUUUUUUGUGAAUUAAACAUUUCUGAGGGAAAAAAUGAUAAUUUUCAGAGAAAAAAAAUUCUGAGAAAUAAAUAACAUUUUCAGAGUGUUAUUUUUUUCUCUCUCUCUCUCUCUCUCUCUAUAUAUAUAGAGAGAGAGAGAGUCUGAAAAUUUUAUUUAUUUC